AUGUCCAACUACCGCUUCGACAGCCGCUCCCAAUUCUCGCCAUCGUCGUCUGAGACGUUCUCCGACAGCGUUACUCAGAAUCCUCCCCGUGGUCUUCCCGGAUACGAUUGGUCCGAUUCUUCCAAUAGACGGGCCCAAGACUACUCCCAGGAUAGCGCUCAACCUGAGCGAGUCUUCCAUCCCCCCGCGUACCGUACUGAUCACACAACUGGGAGCCGCCUUUUGCCCCAGGAACAGGCGCGCCUCUAUGACCUUCCCGGCAUAGGUGCAAGGGAUUUUCUUGCCACGCAGGGUGGCACGCCUACGGUCGACCGUCCAUAUCCCCUAGCCAAUUUUUAUGGAGCCACCCCAGCCCCCCCCACCAGACGCUUUGGACCGCAUCUUGACGGCGACAAUGUCCCUGCCGCCGCCGCCGUAGUGAACUUUGGCCAUGCGGAGGAUACCUCUCGCCAGACAGUAAACUUCGUUCUGGGAGAGCUUCACGUUUUGCGGAGGCAGGUGUGCGCCUUAGAGGAGGCGGUCCUGCACAUACAACGGCAUCUUGGUGAUUUGCGAGCGAACCAAGUUGAUCCGACCCCCCAGUUGCGGUCGUUCUCCCCCCAUCUGGCCCCAAGUGAUUCGAUCUCGCGGGCCAAUAGCGAAGAUGAUGGCGAGGACAUCAGAGUUGCGUAUGCAGUGUACCAACGCGAACGGCCCUCCCUUCGGAGGCCCUCGCACCUCCCUGAGUCCAUCCUUUGGACCUUUAAAGAUGCCCAAGCUCGUGGCCCUGACGGCGGCUUCUCGUCGGAUCAAAACGGCAACGUUUUGGAUGAAGGCAUCGUCAAACUUAUCACACGGACUGCCACAGGCCUGGCGCGGCGGAUAAUGGCUCUACAGCCAGCAAAUACACGUAUGGCGGAUAGCCAUCACAUUUGCAAAUACUACCGGACCAAAGCCCCAACCCUCUGGUACGGCUGCAUUAUCCUCCUGGAGCAGCAACAUGUGGAGGUUGGCCUUUGCUCCGCCCAUUGGAAAGCGGAUCACCUACUUGGCCAGGCCGUCUUGAAAAUACGGACCACUCAACGAUCGUCCACAACCCAGGUCGGUAAAGCAAGUCACUCGCAGGACUCGCACUCUACCCCGAAGAAGCCCAAACGGACCGCAAACGUCAUCACGCCACUGCCAGCAGGUCCUUCAAAGAGGGCAUGCACAGGAUCUGAGCAAGCUGCCUCCGUUUCACGCCAGGCACAUCCGUUUCAUGAGGGGUCCCAAGGCGACGAUAGCUUGCCUCCAAUGCCUGGAAGCCCCUCCCCCUCCCGUCCACCCUAUCCUACGGCUGUAUCUGCACGCCCAUUGUCUCCGUUGAAGUCAUCCGCUGCUGCGGGCCUACUGGCUCGAGGAUCCUUUGGCACGGAAUUCGUUCCCCUUUCGGCCGCCAAGGUUGAUGAUGACUUAACACUCCAAAGCCCUGAGUUUGCAUUCAACGAAGUCACUAUCGAGUCCGGGCUCGCGCUUCUCGACGCAAUGGAACAUGCGCAGACACAUGGUGGGAAUGGAUUCCCAUCGAACAACACUGCGGCCCUGCUGGCUCAAGUUCAAGGUGCCGAUCCCUCGUGCAUCGACGAUGAGGACAACCUAUUUGAAGGCUGGGGCCAUUGGCAGUGGACCGCCGGCUCUCUUACAAUCACCACUGCAAUUGGCUCAUGGCAGGAUGUCGGGAAUACGAACAUAGCGUGCCAACUGAUUGCUGCGGCACUGGUGACUUGCAAGGCUGCGAGGCUCCUAUGCAUGGAACGCCCGAAGAAGCCUUGUAGCUAUAUCAGUGAUAGCUACGUGGAACGGCUUAUAGAGACGCUUUUUGAUGCUUGGAAACGUUCGGGAGGGCCGCUUUACAAGGGGAAGGGUCGCGAAACAGAACGUCCAGCAGAACGUAGACGGCCACAGCCAGAGGUGGUCGCUGAAGAACCUGCCGAACCCUUGGGCGAGGACCCAGCGCUGGGCGAGGGGAACGACAUAGUCAGCGGUGCCAGCGAUGUUCUAACGGAACCAGAGGGCGGCUUGAAGUCGAAGUUAUCGCUCCUUCAUCUUUCUGAGCUCAAGCACCUGGUCGCUAAAAGCCAGAUUGCUGGUGGACGCCAAAUGAACAAGGCGAAAUGCAUAUCUUCGUUAAUGGGCCUUCCACCCACCACUCGUCCCUCGAUCGAUACAAUCGAGGAUCGGAUUGAGCACGUUGCGCUCUCCCACAUGUUCGGGUGA